UGACUCCUUCAGUAAGAUGUGUCAUUGGAUUAGCAUGUAAGCAGCGUGUAAGCAGCUGCCUUCAGCCUUCACCAGAAACACCUUGGGAGCUGCAUCUCGCGUGCAGGACUCUCAGCAAAGCCGACUUAAUGCUGCGGUGCCAUGACUUUCUUCUGUAGGAUGAAGAAUGUGAAGAUUUUGCAUUUCUCCCUGCUUUUCGUGUUCGUCCACGCCUGUGUCGCACGGGCAGACUUCGCUCCAUAUUUCUAUGAUAACGGACCCUACAGCCAGAAUGGGAACCUGGCGCUGUUCAGCCUGUCCGAGGACACACCUGUUGGUACGCAGAUCUAUUGUCUCAACGGCACAGAUCCCGAGGGUCAGGAGGUGAAGUAUGGCCUUUCAUUCGAUCCAGGGUCCAAGGAAUACUUCAGGGUCGACCCGGAAUCUGGAAACGUUACACUGGUGGAAAAGCUGGACAGGGAGAAACAAGACUCCUUCGAUGUUUUUGUCAGCAUCUCUGACGGGCAAAGCAAGGUUGUGGAGAGGGUGACUGUGUUCGUCAUGGACACAAACGACGAAAAGCCUGAAUUCCAAAACAUGCCUGCCAUCAUUGACGUAGUGGAGACAACGCAGUCUGGCAGCAGCAUAUUCAAAGCUGAGGCGGUCGACAGAGACACGGGCUCUGGAGGCUCAGUCACCUACUACCUGCAGAAUCCUCCGGGCAGCUUGUUCGCCAUCGACAGACAUAGCGGUGUCCUCCGUAUCAAAGCUGGAGGAACGCUGGACUUUGAGAACACAAAGACACAUUUUGUGACAGUGUUUGCGAAGGAUGGUGGUGGGAAUUUCAAUGGCAAGGAACAGUUUCUUUCAUCCUCUGCUACUCUGACAAUCAAUGUCAUCGAUGCACAAGACACGCCGCCAUCUUUUAUUGGAACGCCCUAUUUCGGCUACGUUUAUGAAGUUUCUGUGCCUGGCUCAGAAAUCUUCACGGUCGUUGCAAAAGACGGUGAUGUGGGGAAUGCAAAUCCAAUUCGUUACUCAUUUGAUGAUGGCGAUGAUGGUGUUUUCAGCAUCAACAGGACCACUGGUCGCAUCACUCUGCUGACCUACCCCAUGUAUCUAAAGAGAGAGAUCUUUAACAUUAAAGUCAGGGCUUCAGAAGUCAGUCCUGAAGGCAGACUCAUGGACUACAGCGUGACCACGGUGGUGAUCCGUGUGGUGGAUCUCAACAACAACCCACCCACUUUCUAUGGAGAGAACGGCCCACAGAGCAUGUUUGAGCUGACCAUGUAUGAACACCCACCAGAAGGGGAGAUACUGCGGGGGCUGAAAAUUACAGUCAAUGACUCGGAUCAGGGUGCAAAUGCUAAAUUCAACUUAAGGUUGAUUGGACCAGGACGAAUGCUGCGAGUUGUCCCUCAGACUGUUCUCAACGAGGCCCAAGUCACAAUCUUUGUGGAAGACUCUGCUGCUAUGGACUAUGAGAAGCACCACUUCCUCACAUACAAGCUGCUUGCUGUGGAGAUUGACACGCCGGAGAGAUUCAGCGCCACCGCAGACAUUGUCAUUCACCUCCUGGACACCAACGACAACGCUCCCAAGUUCUCCUCCGAUUACUACAUCGCCAGAAUUCCAGAGAACUCACCCGGUGGCUCCAACGUGGUGUCGGUCACGGCCACAGAUCCAGACUCAGGCCCGUGGGGUGAAGUGAGGUUCUCUAUCUACGGAUCAGGGGCCGACCUCUUUCUGAUCCAGUCCGCGUCAGGGAUAAUCUAUACCCAGCCCUGGGCGAUCCUUGAUGCAGAGGUGAGGUCUAAGUAUAACUUUUACGUGAAGGCAGAGGACUCAGAGGGGAAGUACAACCUGGCUGAGGUCUUUGUGACGGUUCUGGACCUCAAUGACCACCCUCCAGCUUUCAAUGACAACUUCCUGGAGAAGACCAUGGUGAUUGGAGCUCCAGUGAAGAUAGAGGCCGUCGACGAUGACGCAGAGGUCCCAAACAAUGUCAUCGAGUACACCAUCAUGAAAGCAGAACCGGACAACAACAUCUUCGACAUCAACGCGGACACGGGGGAGAUUGUGCUCAAGUCCUACAUCAAGUCCAUGGCCAUCAUACAGAACAUCACCCAGCAGCGAGACUUCACCUGGUCGCUGGUGGUGCAGGCGCGAGACCUCGGCCAGCCGUCGUUCAGCACCACUGCCGUCGUCAAGAUUGACAUCACAGAAGCUACCCAACUCAGUGGGGGGCCUUUGGGAUCAUUUUUAUUGCAGAAUAGAAACAAGCCAUUGCAAAUCCUAGGCAUGCUUGCUGGUGUCAUUGUCCUAAUGGUUCUUGUCACGGUCAUCAUCUCCACCGCCACAUUCAUACGUAACAAAAAGUCCAAUCGAAUCCUGCCUAACCGUCGCGUAAGGAGGCGACCAAAGGCCCAGCACACCUGGAUCUUCAAAAACCCCUUCAGAAAACCCGGGGCUUCGGGAGAGAGAUUUAAAGUCGAGGAGGAGGAGCGCGAGCCGGAGGUCAUGGCAGAGAACGUCAACUACAACAACAACGUCAGCAACGUGGUGAGACAGUGGCCGCCGCCGCCCUGCGCCCCGACUCUGCCGCCUCCAGUGCCGCCCUACACGCCAGGGGAGCGGCAGUGGGUCGUACCCACCGUGUCGGCUUCGGUGGCGCCCAAACUUAAGAAGAAGCCAGCGAUCACCAGACAGGACACUAUGAACAAAGCCCUGGUUUCAGAGCUUAAGAUGAGACUGGAGCAGAAAAGGCUCCUGAAACAUUAUUAGUGCUGGACAAAACAAUCUCACCUAAUGGGCCAAUCUGCUGUCAUGGAGUUUGCGUCAGCUGAUCAAGUCUUCAAUGUUUUAACUAACCCUCCUAAAAUGGAGCAUUAGUUAAAAAUCACUAUUUGUAUUUGGUUCAAGUCUCAUUUUCUAGCACAUAAAUCCAACCUCUUGGACUAUUUUGGGACAAACUGGAUGUUUAAACUGCUUCAGCCCAGAAGCCUUGUCGGGACAGAAGCCCUGUGGAUUUUAACAAGCAAGACUGGUUAUUUGGGAUCCAACCAAGCUCCUUACAAGAGAUUUCAUGACACUUGAACUGACUUAAGAGAUCAACCACAGGGGAGGAAACCAAAGUGAUCAUGUUAGGAAGACCUUUAAUCCUUCUGCGCAGGUGCAACACUCUGUUUAGCAGCGUUGUAUGGUUAUUUUCAGAUUUAAAGAACUUUGCCUGUUUGUUGCUGACCAUUGGUCUUUUUUAUCAACAUAUACUGGCUUUUAUUAAUUUCAUGUCAUAUUGAUAUUGCUACCAAUAAAACACAUAAUUUGUAUGUAA